AUGUCUUACGAAGAUCCAUUUUUCGUUGUCAAAGAGGAAAUAGAACAAAAUGUCUAUACGGCAAGGACAUUAUUCGAAAGUUGGAAUAGAAUUUAUAAUACCGUUUCAUCUAUAAACAAUGAAGAAUUGCAAAGAACGGAAGAAGAAUUGCGAUCAACUUUAAAUGAUGUAUCAACGGAUCUAGAUGAUGUGGAGGAAACAAUUAAUAUCCUAACAUGUCAUAUUGUAGAGAGUAAUCCCGAUAAGUUCGGAUUAACGACGCAAGAUAUAGAGUCUCGACGGGAAUUUGUUAAUCAGACAAGGCAACAAUUACAUGACAUUCGACUAACCUUGGCAGAUCCGCCGAAAAAAUCAAAACAUUCCGAAGUUGAAAACGUUCGGGCAUGA